AUGAGUGAUCGUGGAACGACAUUCCAACCUUCGUCAUAUGACCUUUCUGAGAUCCCUGCAAUCUUCUUACCUGAUGAGAUAGAUCUUUCAGAAACUACCUUAUCAAACCAUCGCGAUCUAUCUUCAAGUAGUAGUACGAGGUCAAAGAGACCAAGUAUAUUACCCAAACGCGACAGCUUACCACCUCCUCCGAGACCUAAAUCAACUUCUUCGUCUAGGAGGACUUCCGCCCAAUCCAGUCCCGUUACCUACUCCCGCACUGAUGAAGCAGGUUGUAUUGAUUUCACAAAAGACCCAUUUGAGAGCGCCUUUCAAAAGGCCAAGACACAGAGAGAAUUGGAUAGGAAGGAUGAGAUGAGACUCACACACGAUCAACAAGGUGCAUUUGAGAUUUUGCAGAAAGAGGAACUACAUCGUACUAAGACAGUAUCCAUCUUAGAAGGGAGAUUUAAGCCCUCAGAUCGAAAUAUCAGCAGUAAUAGUAAUGGAUUGAAAUUGGAAUUUAUGGAUAAAGAUGAUCACAAGUCUUUUCACAAUAUGGAGGUAGAUGAAGGUAAUGAAAAAGAUCAAAAACGAAUGAAAACACCCAAAACACCUAAAAAGUUCAUUCAAGAUCAUUUCACCUUAAAGACUCCCAGAAUGCCGGUACCGUUCACCGCUAAAUCUUUACCUAUACCUGUACCUAUACCUACACAUAUCAAUUUGCCUACUCCUAUCAUGCCCAUCAUCCACUUGUUGUUGGUGAUAAGUCAUUUGGUUUUAAGUGCGCUGUUACCUCAUUUGCUAUUUAAGAAUUUCAUUCAACCUUUAGUAUUGUGGAUCAUCACCACCGUCACGGUCGUCCUACAAUGCGUAUAUCUACUUCCUGGCAUCUUCUUGGAACUUAUUGGUAUACUGAGACGACGUCCCAUAGACUCGGCCUGGCUACAGUCGGGAUUGCAUUUAGUAAUGAUGAUAUUAUCGCUCGCUCCACAUGCAGCCUCCGUAUUCCUCAUGUCCAAGAUCAUAAGGCCGCAAUGUCAACACGAAGCGACCUUGAAGUAUGUCCUUAAACAUCAUGCCGACCUGGCCGUGACUUCGUAUCUGGUGAAAUAUUACAACUUGGAACCUUUCGUGACCCACGGACGCAUGCCCGGAAAGGAUCAACAACUUGACUACUCGAAGAUCUUAUUUGGUCUGAUCGGUCAAUUAGGGCAGAACGUCGAAGACCCUGACUCACAAAAGUGGUUAUCUGCUCUUACAUCCCCGAAGGCAUGGCACCACAUCAAGAAACUGGCGGCCGCCUUUGAGCAGAGCGAAAUUGGUCAGCCUGCAGCAUUCACUUCUGCAGACACCCUCGAUCGUCGCUGGGUAACUGCAGGUAUCCAAUUCGAUCCAGACAAGUUGCCGACCUUGUACAGGAAUGAGCAUGUCACCAUCGAUAUAGAUUUCUUCGCCCAAGCGGAUGAACAAACGGAUACAGUUUGUAGAGUGUGGCACAAUACGGUGUUCGGAAUCAUCAAGGACAGUCUGAAAAAGUACACUGAAUCAGAUCCGGCGAUCAUGAUCGCAACGCGUCGUCUACUUAGCAACAAGACGUUGUCGUAUUUAGCACUCCAUUACGGACUUUUUGACCCCUCUAAGUCCUUACCAUCACAGCGUGUCAUGGGUCAACGUAUGCGCAAAUACGUGGCUUUACUAGUCGAGCAAAAUGCAGAGCAUGGGUCUCGACAAGAUCUCAUGAGCUGGGUUCAUCGGCUUUGGACCUCAGAAGCCUGGCCGACUCUGCAAGACGUGAUCCUCGAGGCACAGAACCGCCAAUCGUUCAACUUCGAUGUCAAAACUUCGGAGAUGUCAGCUCUUGCGACUGUCAACAACGAAAAUGGAUCAUAUAUCUCAUCGCCGUCAAAGCCGAAACAAGAUGACGACGUGAAUCCCUCGGCGUCAUCUGGCGGUUUGAGGAAGAGCGAGCUGCUGAUGGCCGAAGGAGAAACGGCGAACCCGGAAGUGUACGAAAUACUCAAGCCUGACUCGAAGGAGCUCGUUAGCUCAGACUACCGCACGAAUAUGGAUUUCUUGACACAGAGUCUUAGAGGGCGUUGGGAUGAAGAAAAUGCUAUUCUCCUUGCAUCCAAGAUUUUAUUGGAAACGAGCUCACUAAUACCCCUGCCACCGUUCUAUGGCUUGGACCGUGAUCAAAGAAACCAACUUCUCGCUCCGGAAGUCUCCGUGCAAUUAUUUCGGCGAUAUACAGCCCUCCUUCUCAAGCGAGCUGCGAAAGAAAGCAGGAUGAUCAAAUUAAACAUCGAAGACUGGCUACGUCAGGUCUAUUCCCCCGAUAGUCGACCUGGACUCCGGUUGCAUGUCCGCGCCAAGCUGAGGGAGCAACGUUAA